AAUGUGAGCGUCAAGCGGCGGAGGCGUUAGCUUGUUUGUCCGCCGGUGAAAUUGAAAUAUGUGCCGGCGCCGACGCCGACGCCGAUGCUCAUAUUCGGGAGCGACGAAAAGCCAGAAAAUCUGAAGAUGAGCAAGAAAUAGCCGUUCAGUCUGAAUAUGAAUCUGAACUCAAAACACGUCUUGUAUUGGAUUUAAACUAUACACCAGUUACCAGCAGAAAAUCAAUCCAGGAAUUGACUGAGGAAGAGAAGGAAGAACGAAGGCUGCGCCGUGUAUUAGCUAAUAGAGAAUCUGCCAGGCGGACAGUUCGCCGUAGACAGGCAAUGCUAGCGGAAUUGAAAAGAAAUGCAGCUGAUCUUGCACUGGAGAAUGAAAAUUUGAAGAAGAAAAAAGAGCUUGCUUCUGCGGAAUACAAUUAUUUGAUGAACAAAAAUAACAACUUGAGAAUGCAGAUAGCUAAAGUAGUAAAGGCUGAAGUAGAGGAAACAAAUGAUGAUUCCAAGUCUACUCCUACUUCAACUACAUCCCCAACUUUCCUCCAUAACCAUUCACCAAAAGUGCCUCUCGUUCUGUCUACCGUCUUUCCACCUUUUGAUGGUGUUGUAUUACAAGGUGGUUGGCGAAGUAUUUCUGACAUUACACCGCAGAUGCCUACCUCUCUUGGAGGAUUUAAAACAUCUGACGAACUAGAAAGUUCGGUGAUGAUGAACAACAACACAGGGAAUCCUCUAUAUAUAGUCUCCUUCCCUUGCCAGAUGCAAUUCCAUGCCCAAAGUAAUCCAUUUCAUACCUGGCCCUCAUCAUAUCCUAAUGACGAGCAUACGAGUUCUUUAGCUCAUGAAUGUAGUUCUUCAACUUCAAAAACCACGGUAAAAAUGGAAAAUCACGGAAAAGCAACUUCUCUGAAAGUUGAAACCGAAACUCUUGAUUCAACAGAUGCUAUGCCUAGAAACUUCCUUCAUGAAGCUGAAAGGGAUUUUCUAUCAGGGUUUCGCUCUAAAGGGCUGGUCAAGGUGGCUUCUACUUCAAAUCCUUUCGUACUACCAGUACUUGCUAGACAAAAUGAGAGCACUCGAGAACGUAUUACAUGUUAUAACAACGCGUCUACAGAUGCUACUAUAGAGGCUUGUAGGAAGAGGAAUAUGCUAACGAAGUGAAAACCUGAUGUUGUUAUCACUUGUCAGUUUUCAUUAAACUGCUGAGUUAGCACAAAAAACAGCAACUCUUUUUUGAAUUCUUCAUCACUUAUUAGUUUCCCAUGGUUUCGAUGUUGUGUUAAUUUAUCAUUUUUCCCGACAUGUUAUUUACAUACCAAUGAAGAUCUUUCGAGGCAA